GAUUUCGUUCAUCAGUGGUCGGUGGUGGAGAUGGAAGUUCCAGAAUACUCUUGCAGUUUUCCUGCUGCUGAUCUGCCUUUCCACCUCAGUGGCACAGAGCUGCCAGAGUAGCACCAGCUGCAAUGUGGUGCUCACCGACUCCCAGGGCUCUUUUACCUCCCCCUGCUAUCCCAAUGACUACCCACCCAGCCAGUCCUGCAAUUGGACCAUACAGGCCCCGGCUGGCUUUAUAGUACAGAUCACCUUCCUCGAUUUCGAGCUCGAGGAAGCACAAGGCUGCAUCUAUGACCGCGUUGUCGUCAAGACCGGCACCAGCGAUGCCAAAUUUUGCGGCUUAACGGCCAACGGACUAACUCUCAACUCCACUGGAAAUGUGAUGGAGGUUUUCUUUAACUCCGACUUUAGUGUCCAAAAGAAAGGCUUCCAUAUCAGUUACAAGCAAGUGGCAGUGACUCUGAGGAACCAGAAAGUCACAAUGCCAAAAAGCAGCAAGACUAUACUGAGAGUGUCUAAUUCAAUCUCCAUUCCUGUUCUGACUGCCUUCACGGUGUGCUUUGAGAUCGCCCGCACUGCACAGAAGGCCACAGAGACCAUAUUUACCCUAAGCGACGCUGCUGGGACGUCUAUUUUGGCAUUUGAGAAGACAUCAAACGGCAUGGAGUUGUUCAUUGGCGCUUCCUACUGCUCAGUAGAUAACCUUCUCACCAGCUCAGACAUUACGGCCACUAUGAAACCGCUCUGCCUCACCUGGACCAAGUCUUCUGGCCUCAUAGGAGUGUAUUUUGGAGGCCACUAUUUCUCCAGCAUCUGCUCGGCCUCUCAGAUUUACACACUGCAGAGUGGCGGAUUGCUCCAAAUUGCUGGAAAAGGGUCGAGCUCGGUCAGCGUGGAUGAUCAGAAUUUGGAUGGCUUCAUUUACAACUUCCGCUUGUGGGAUCACGCCAUGCUCAGCAGCGAGCUGUCCGCGCUCACCUGUGAUACUGUGGGUAAUGUCGUUGACUGGGAUCAUUCCUACUGGACUAUCCCAGGCUCUAGCACGCAGACCGACAGCACGCUCAGCUGCAGUACUGCCAUAACAACUCUUUCACCAGGAACCGCAGGUUGUGCUUCUGGACUUGGCUGCCCAGCAACAUUAACUGUUACCAUCACAUCCAUUGCCACCACUAACAUCAUUCCUACUAAUGCAACAACCCACGAGGAUAUUUUCUACAGAUCAACCCUUGUGGUUACUGAUGAACAAACUCCAGAUAGAGAUGCUACGGCGAUAAUAUCUCAAUGGCUCAAUCAGACAUUUCAGAACUGGAUGUAUAGAGUUUAUGUUGAUGGCAUCAGUCUUCAGCUUAUCACUGUUCUCUCAAGGAUCACAACCACACGACAAAUCUACUUGGCGCUACUGGUGUAUAAGAAUACCACCGAUGUGAAUCUGGCAGAGGUGGAGAUUGAGAGCAUGCUGAGAAGUGCCCCUGCUAUUGGAAAUGGCUUGACUUUAGACAGUGUUACCGUGAACUUAAUGGAAAAUUGUCAGGCAGAUGAGUUCCCAGUCCACUAUAGAUGGCCAGAGAGCAGACCCACAGUCACUCAGUAUGUUCCCUGUUUCCCUUACAAAGAUCGAAACGCAUCCAGAACUUGCAUGAUUAACCGGGAUAAUUAUACAUCAUUUUGGGCCCUGCCUGACCGUGGAAACUGCACUAAUAUAACCAGCAUUACGGUUUCACAAGAGAAUGCGAUGGAUGUGGCUGUGCAGCUUGCCGAUAUCAGCAAUAAUGGGCUGUCCAAGGAGGAACUGACACAGGUUGUUACCAAGGUGAUGGAGCUGGUGAACAUAGCCAAAAUCAACGCCACCCUGGCCAGCACUGUGGUCACCAUCAUUUCUAACGUCAUGGUCAGCUCAGAGGAUGCUCAGAAGGAUGCCUCAGAGACAGCUCUCAAAGCAGUGGAUGAACUGGUGCAGAAGAUUGAGUUUGACGGACCCUCACUGACCAUCUCGUCCAAAAAUCUGGUUGUUGGAGUUUCUGCCCUCGACACAACCAAUUUUAACGGCAGCACUUUAAGUGCCUUUAUAGCCACUAACACAACAGACCCUCAGAUUGAUUUUGACUCGGAGGCACAUAAUGCAUUGGCUGUGGUCACUCUGCCUCCAACACUGCUGCAAAACCUGAGUCUUUCACAAAUUGAGAAAGUGUCCAGAAUCAACUUUAUGUUCUUCGGCAGGACGGGGCUCUUUCAGGAUCAUCAAAACAAUGGCUUGACGUUAAACAGCUAUGUGGUGGCCAGCAGUGUUGGCAACUUCACCAUCAAAAACCUGCAGGAUCCUGUCAGGAUAGAGAUUGCACAUUUGGAGUAUCAGAAAGAUCCGAAUCCUCAGUGUGUGUUUUGGGAUUUCAACCUCCAAAAUUACUCAGGGGGCUGGAAUAGCGAUGGCUGCAAGGUCGGUUCAGACUCCAACAGCAACAGGACCGUCUGCUUGUGUAAUCACCUCACACACUUUGGCAUCCUAAUGGAUGUCUCUAGAGCUGCUGAGUUGAUAGAUGAGAAGAACAACAGGGUACUUACCUUUAUUACCUACAUCGGCUGUGGGAUCUCGGCCAUUUUUUCAGCGGCAACACUGCUCACGUACAUCGCUUUUGAGAAGCUGCGGCGAGAUUAUCCCUCCAAGAUCUUGAUGAAUCUCAGCACAUCACUGCUCUUCCUCAACAUGGUGUUUCUUCUGGACGGCUGGUUAGCCUCUUAUGAAAUUAAAGAACUGUGUGUGACCGUGGCUGUGUUUCUGCACUUUUUCCUUCUCACUUCCUUCACCUGGAUGGGUUUAGAGUCCAUCCACAUGUACAUUGCCCUGGUCAAGGUCUUCAACACAUACAUUCGGAGAUACAUCCUCAAGUUUUGCAUCGUGGGAUGGGGUGUCCCUGCUACAAUUGUUGCAAUUGUGUUGGCUGUGAGCAAAGAUUCGUAUGGGAAAAAUUACUAUGGAAAAGGAAAGGAUGGGCAGGGAACAUCGGAAUUUUGCUGGAUUCUCAACCCAGUGGUGUUCUACGUGACGUGUGUGGCCUACUUCUCCAUAAUCUUCCUGAUGAAUGUUGCCAUGUUCAUUGUGGUAAUGAUCCAAAUCUGUGGACGUAACGGCAAGCGCAGCAACCGGACACUGCGAGAGGAUAUCUUGCGUAACCUGCGCAGCGUGGUCAGCCUGACGUUCCUGUUGGGUAUGACCUGGGGCUUUGCGUUUUUCGCCUGGGGUCCAGUCAGUCUGGCCUUCAUGUACCUCUUCACAAUUUUCAACUCACUGCAGGGAUUAUUCAUAUUUGUGUUCCACUGUGCCCUGAAAGAAAACGUACAGAAACAAUGGAGGAGAUAUUUGUGCUGUGGAAAGUUACGCUUGGCAGAUAAUUCAGACUGGAGCAAGACUGCCACUAAUAAUACAAAGAAAGUGAGUUCUGAUAACCUGGGAAAGUCCCUCUCCUCCAGUUCCUUUGGCUCCACUACAGCCAACUGGACGUCCAAAGCCAAAGCCACACUAAAUCCAUUUGCCAGGCACAGUAAUGCAGAUAGUACCCUGCAAUAA